AUGGCAUCUUCAGAGAUCGUACGUUCCGUGGGACUUCUCGAGAAGUACUCGACAGCUCGCCACGAUCUCGGCUUCUACACUAAUGUCAUUGUCGGAGCUGAGUAUGUACUGCCACAGUCCUACCAAUUGCCAUUACAACACCACAUCUAUAGAGCAUGUGCAACAAUCAUUGCAGAGCACGCGAACCUCUCUGUGGAAAUUCUCAAUGGAAGAACUGCCACCCCAGUCUUUGCUAGACUGACCCAAGUCGCUUUGGAGGAGUGUGUCAUCUUCGAAUCAACGACGACUACCGUCAACUAUCAUGGCAUGACUGAUCAGCAACUGAGGGAAAUUUUAGAGAAACAGCAUAAUCAAGACUUUCCGGAUCAUGGACCCCUAUGGAGACUCUUGAUAGCAUCUGACACUGCAGUGCCAAGGAACUUCACGGCGUUUUUCGUGUUUCACCAUGCUAUUGGCGAUGGUACUUCUGGAUUAGCCUUUCACAGAGAAUUGCUCGCUGCUCUACUCGACAGCAAACAUCAUUCAAAGGGGAGUGUGGUGCAGACUGUGCUCACUAGCCCCAAGAAACCUUUACUCUCUGCCGUCGAGGACUUUCUACCAUUAAGCAUCUCCUGGAUAUACCUGCUAGGAGUCAUCCUCGAGGGCUUGUUAUGGAAAAAAUUUGAGAAGGGCUUCUGGUACGGAGGCGUUAUACAGAAGCCACUAGAAACCACUGUCCGCACGACAGGUCUGUCGAAAUCUAGCUCUGAAGCCUUUCGAAGUUUGUGUAAAGAGAAUGGGACGACUGUCACAGCUGCUCUUCAAACGCUGGUCGCUGAGGUCAUACUGGAGAUCAUGCCGGCUAAUUACACAAACAUCCGAAGCAACGGCGCCAUGUCUCUUCGGAGCUUCAUUCCUGACGUCACUCAGAGGUCGUUUGGGGUUUGGGUCACCGCGUGGAACGAAGUCUAUCAAAAGUCCGAAUUAUCAACAGAAGGAAUGUCUUGGAAGAGGGCCCGUGCGUCAAGAAAAGCAAUCGAAGAUGCAGUCGCAGCACGUGGCAACAACAGCGCUGUGGGACUCCUCCGUUACGUACCGGAUUAUCAAAAAUACCUACUGAAUAAGUUAGGCAGUCAAAGAGAUGCCACAUUUGAAGUCUCCAAUCUAGGGGCAUACAAGGAUGACGCGAGAUCACAUGAUCAUCAUUUGGGCGGGGAAGAUCCUCACAUAGAGCGGAUAACGUUCAGUCAGAGUGGCAAUGUAGCAGGACCAGCACUUGCUGUGGGUGCCGUGACUGGGGGGGAUGGAUGUUUGUCGCUUGCCUUCAGUUGGCAGAAAGGUGUUCUGGCUGAAGACUUCGUUGUGGAUGUGAUGGAGAAGACUCGCACACGAUUUUAUGCUCUCGUCCGUGUACCCUCUCAAGAGUCUGAUCCUAGCACUGUGGAAUGCAACAGUGAAGACCUAUACGAUGACUGA